AAUCCCAGCCCGCCGCACCCAGGGCCCAGACCCGGCUGCCCAGGGCACCAUGGAGCUGCCGCCCGGCCGCCUCCUCCUCCUCCUCCUCCUCCUCGCCGCCCUGCUCCCCCUCGCCGCACGGUCCAGCCCGGCCCUGCACACGGUGAAGCCCGGGUACUGCUACCACAACCCGGAGGUGGAGGACCCGCUGGACGAGGACUGCGGCGCCUGCCGCAGCGACUCCUCCUGCUCCCGCUGCACCGGCGAUGCCGGCUGCCCCGGUGCCACCAAGUGCUGCCCCAGCAAGUGCGGCUACACGUGCCAGGAGCCGGUGCUGGACUUCUGCUACCUGCCCUCCGUCUGCGGGAGCUGCAAGGCGCUCUUCCGCCGCUUCUUCUUCAACGCCUCCAGCCAGCAGUGCGAGGAGUUCAUCUACGGCGGCUGCGGCGGCAACAGGAACAACUUCGAGACCGAGGGCGAGUGCUUCCAGGCCUGCUCCCACGUCGGGAAGCUCGGCCAGUGCCCCCCGCCCGCCAGGACCCCCCUGAUGCCUUGCGACGUCUCCUGCUCCUCGGACGCGGACUGCCCGGGCAGCGAGCGCUGCUGCCCCACCGGCUGCGGGCGGGAGUGCCGGCUCCCCACCGGAGUCAAGAGGGGCUUCUGCCCGCGUCUGGACCCUGGCCUGGUGACCAUCUGCCUGGUGGAGUGCAGCAGUGACGGGAGCUGCCACGGCACCAAGAGGUGCUGCAGCAUGGGCUGCCACGUCCACUGCGUGCAGCCGGUACCAGCCAAACCGGGCGUCUGCCCCAAGAGAAGGGUGCUGCACACCUUCGCGCCCUGCAACAGCUCCUGCAGCGACGACACCGACUGUCCCCACCACGAGAAGUGCUGCUUCACGGGCUGCGGCCUCGGCUGUCUGCCCCCGGCCAGAGGCACCACGGCCCCGCUCCUGCCCGCUGGCGGGGGACAGCGCCUGCGUCCUGCUGCCCACAGCAGCCCCGCGUCCUCGGGUGACAUCUGUCACCUCCCUCCCGUGCGUGGCCCGUGCAGGGGACGCUUCCGUCACUACGCCUACAGCCCGGCCACGGGGACCUGCCAGCCGUUCACCUACAGCGGCUGCGGGGGGAACCCCAACAACUUCAGGACGGUGGAGGAGUGCCAGCGGGUCUGCUGGCAGGCGGGGAGAGCCAAGGAGUGACCCCGAGGAGGAGGUGGCAGCAGUGGGGCCCGGGGGCUGGGGUCUGUGGUGGUGCUGGCCACCGCGCUCUGCCCCACACAAUAAAGUCACCAGCACGCCUGGCUUGCAGCA